GCGCCCGCCCGGGCCCGGGGCCGCGGCUGCCCCAGCUCGGCGGCCGGCGGGCGCGCUCGGGGCCGGCGGGCCCGCGGUGCUGAUCGCCGCCCGCCCGCGCCGACCCCGGGGCGCGGCCAUGGAGGUGGUGGGCGACUUCGAGUACAGCAAGCGGGACCUCGUGGGACACGGGGCCUUCGCCGUGGUCUUCCGGGGGCGGCACCGCCAGAAAACUGAUUGGGAGGUAGCUAUUAAAAGUAUUAAUAAAAAGAACUUGUCAAAAUCACAAAUACUGCUUGGGAAGGAAAUUAAAAUCUUAAAGGAACUUCAACAUGAAAACAUUGUAGCGCUCUAUGAUGUUCAGGAAUUACCCAACUCUGUCUUUCUGGUGAUGGAGUAUUGCAAUGGUGGAGACCUGGCAGAUUAUUUGCAAGCUAAGGGCACACUCAGUGAAGACACCAUCAGAGUGUUUCUGCGUCAGAUCGCGGCCGCCAUGCGAGUCCUGCACAGCAAGGGGGUCAUCCACAGGGACCUCAAGCCCCAGAACAUCCUGCUGUCCUACGCCAGCCGCAGGAGGGCCAGCAUCGGCGGUGUGCGCCUCAAAAUAGCGGACUUUGGAUUUGCUCGUUACCUGCAUAGUAACAUGAUGGCAGCGACGCUGUGUGGGUCUCCGAUGUACAUGGCUCCUGAGGUUAUUAUGUCCCAGCACUACGAUGCCAAGGCCGACCUGUGGAGCAUAGGGACAGUGGUGUACCAGUGCCUCGUUGGGAAGCCACCUUUUCAGGCUAAUAGUCCUCAAGACCUAAGGAUGCUUUAUGAAAAACAUAGGAACUUAAUGCCUAGCAUUCCCAGAGAAACAUCACCUUAUUUGGCUAAUCUCCUUUUGGGUUUGCUUCAGAGAAACCAAAAAGAUAGAAUGGACUUUGAAGCAUUUUUUAGCCAUCCUUUUCUUGAGCAAGUUCCAGUAAAAAAAUCCUGCCCGGUCCCGGUGCCCGUGUAUGCCGGCUCUGCCUCCGGAGGCUCCUGUGGCAGCUCUCCGUCUUGUCGUUUCGCCUCUCCAUCUUCCCUUCCAGAUAUGCAGCACAUUCAGGAAGAAAACUUACCCUCCCCACCAUUGGGUCCUCCCGACUAUCUCCAGCUGUCCAAAGGUUCUGCCAGUACUAGUAGCAAGAACUCUUCUUGUGACACGGAUGACUUUGUUUUGGUUCCACACAACAUCUCGUCAGACCACUCAUAUGAUAUGCCGAUAGGAACUGCUGGCAGACGUGCUUCUAAUGAGUUCUUGGUGUGUGGAGGGCAGUGUCAGCCCACUGUGUCCCCUCACAGUGCAGCCACCCCCAUUCCCGUCCCUACGCAGAUAAGGAACUACCAGCGCAUCGAGCAGAACCUCAGCUCCACUGCCAGCUCUGGCGCACAUCCACAUGGCUCUCCAAGGUCUGCAGUGGUGCGCAGGUCCAACACCAGCCCUCUGGGCUUCCCCCGGCUGGGAUCCUGCUCCCCGGCGCCAGCAGACGCGGUGCAGACGGGUGGACGAAGACUCUCCAUGGGCUCUUCCAGGCCUUACUCCCCCUCCCCUUUGGCUGGCGCCGUUCCCGAGCCUCCCUGUCAGUGCUGCUGUGGGCAUCCUCAGGGCCACGAGUCCAGGAGCAGGAGCUCGUCAGGUUCUCCCGUGCUGCAGGCCCAGGCGCCACAGCCCCUCCUGUUGGGUGCUAGACUGCAGAGCGCCCCCACCCUCACCGACAUCUACCAGAACAAGCAGAAGCUCAGAAAGCAGCACUCGGACCCUGUGUGCCCGUCCCACGCCGGGGCUGGAUACAGCUGCUCCCCCCAGCCCAGUCGGCCCGGCAGCCUCGGGACCUCUCCUACCAAGCACUUGGGGUCCUCUCCACGGAGUUCCGACUGGUUCUUUAAAACUCCGUUACCGACAAUCAUUGGCUCUCCUACAAAGACCACGGCUCCUUUCAAAAUCCCGAAAACGCAAGCGUCUGCCAACCUGCUAGCCUUGGCCACUCGUCGUGGGUCUUCUGAGGGGCAGUCGAGAGAUGGGAGUGCCCCACAGGAGUGUCCUCACUGUCUCUCAGGACAAGGAGGGGAGCGGCAGAGGUCCGAGCCGCAGGUCACGGCAGCACUCGGCAGGUCUGUCAGUACUGGGAAAUUAUCAGAUCAACAAGUGAAAACACCUUUCGGUGGACAUCAGGGCAGCACGGACAGUUUAAAUGCAGAACGACCAAUGGAUACAGCCCCUGCAGGAGCCUGUGGUGUUGCGCCGGCUCCUCCUUUGGGGACAGCAGCGAGUCCCAGAGCCGCGCUGUUCACGGUGGGGUCCCCUCCACACAGGGCCGCGGCCCCCACUUGCUCCCACGUGGUCCUUCGGACGAGAACCGCCUCAGGGGGCUCCAGCGGCUCCGGAGGCUCCCUGUGCUCCGCAGGCGGCCGCGUGUGUGCGGGCUCCCCGCCUGGGCUGUGCUCAGGCUCUCCCCCUCCGGGGGCAGAGGCGGCUCCCAGCCUGAGACACGUGCCUUGUGGUGCUUCACCCCCCAGCCUGGAGGGGCUUGUCACCUUUGAAGCCCCUGAACUGCCUGAGGAGACGCUGAUGGAGCGGGAACACACAGACACCUUACGCCACCUGACUGGGAUGCUGCUGUUCACGGAGUGUGUGCUGGACCUGACGGCCAUGCGGGGGGGCAGCCCGGAGCUCAGCGCGUCCGCCGUCUCCUUGUACCAGAUCCAGGAGAGCGCCGUGGUGGACCAGAUCAGCCAGCUGAGCAGGGACUGGGGGCGGGUGGAGCAGCUGGUGUUGUACAUGAAGGCCGCACAGCUGCUGGCAGCCUCUCUGCAUCUCGCCAAAGAGCAGGUCAAGUCCGGGAAGCUGAGCCCAUCCACAGGUGUGAAACAAGUUGUCAGAAAUCUGAAUGAGCGAUAUAAAUUCUGCAUCAACAUGUGCAAGAAACUGACAGAAAAGCUGAGCCGCUUCUUCUCGGACAAGCAGAGAUUUAUUGAUGAAAUCAACAGCGUAACUGCAGAGAAGCUCAUCUAUAGUUGUGCUGUAGAAAUGGUUCAAGCUGCAGCGCUGGAUGAGAUGUUUCAGCAGACUGAAGACAUCAUUUAUCGCUAUCAUAAGGCGGCCCUUCUUUUGGAAGGCUUAACCAAGAUUCUCCCGGACCCGGCAGAUAUUGAAAAUGUACACAGAUAUAAAGCUAGUAUUGAGAGAAGAUUGUCAGCACUCUGCUGUAGCACCUCAGCCUUGUGAGCAGCAGCAGGCCUGCCCCCCGGGACCAGCGGUGGACGUGAGAUGAUGCCUUUGGGAGCACAGCUUGGGUCCUGUCGCCCCACCCCCAGGAAACUGUAGGUUCCUACUCGGUGACUACCAAAGAGCAAGCAGUGAUUUCAAAAAGGAAAAACAAUCCCAGAACUACACGUUUGUAGGAAAUCUGCCUUAUCGGAGAAGUCACCCCUUCCCUUUUUCUUUGUAGAAGCAGAAGCAAGAAUAUUCCACUUGGCUUUCACUUUGAACUUGGUAAAUAAACAGACCUUAGAACUAGA